AUGCAAGUACUCCUAUCAUACAUCUGCCUCCGUGGUGAAGGCGGUUUCUGUACUAUGGAUGUUUUCAAGACUCCAGAUGACAAAGAGGGAUGCACAUAUCUGCGCCCGUGGUAUUCGAAGGAUCAUCAGUGGCAAUUCUAUUUCGAGUUCAACCGCCGCCCCCGAGUUUUUGGCCGUCACUAUCAGCAGAGAGUGAAGAAUGGCACCAGAAAACGACACGUGGCAAAAACGGAGACCAGCACGAAGACCAUCGGAACCUUGACUCUCUAUGGGAUGGUGGAUUGCGACAAAGUAUGUAAAGGGGAGGAGUUUGGACCGGCUCUCGGAGCAUACGGUGAUGCGACUUUCCAUAAGGGAAGGGCUCAUCGAUUGUGGUAUUAA